UUUUUAUACUAAAUGAAUCGAUAAAACAAAUCGAUUAAAAUCGAAUUUGUCUGUCUCGUGCAUGUAUUAUGACAGCUCUCUUAGCACGUCCAUCAUCCAUGGUUUGGGGUUCAUGCUGAUUCAUAUUAUCUAAAGUGUUUCGUCCACUAGAUGGCAGCAUUUUUUCCUUUAAGUCCUGUAGCAUAGCCCUGGACAGCCUCACCUCGGAGGAACCGAUCACGUCUAAAUCAGGUUCAGUUAGCCGGUAAACACACGCACACAUAUGUGCGCGCACGUACACACAUACAAAAAGCUACUGGACCCCAGUUCAAUGCAUGUGACUGAGGACACACAUUAAGUCAUAGGGUGAGGACAGUGGUGAGCCUCUUUUGUUGACCCGCGGGUGUGGCCUCGGUGACACUGGUUGAAGGGCGGACCUAAAGCCCCUGAGUUCAGUUUAAAGCCUCCUAUUUGGCAAACAUCCUUCGCAGAAGUCAGCAGCUUCGCCCUCAGCGCCAUCAGUGAUCUUCAUCCUUCAGCAGUGUGCAUCUGCACCCAGCAUGUCAAACUCGGACAGGGUUGUGUUAGCUCUGGGAGGAGCGGGGACAGUGGGCUCUGGGAUAGUUAAAGCGCUGCUGGAUAAAGGUUUUAAAGUGGCAGUGAUCUCCAGGGACAGCAGCCGGCUGGAGAGACUCCGAUCAUUCGUCUCUCCCAACAUGAAGGAUAACCUCAUCACUAUAGUGGGGAAUGUGGGGUCAGAGGAGGGAGCAGAUCAGGCAAAGCAGGCCCUGCUGACAGCUGUAGGAAAGGUGACUGAUGUAGUUUCCUCUCUGGGCUUCAGCUGGUGGCAGGGAGGACCCCCACACACCCAGUCUCUCAAAGACCUUCACUGGGUAAUUGAGACAUUACUUUUUAGCACGUUUGUGUCAUGGAAGGCUUUCUUCCCCUUGGUGAGAGACGACUCCAGCUGUACCUACACCUUCAUAACAGGAGGAGCAGGAGAGAAGCUGCUGAUGCCUGGUACAGGCUUCCUGACGGUGGGAGCUGCCAGCACCCUGGCCUUCUGCCAGGUACUACGAGAGGAGUACCCUGAGGUGCCCUGUAAACUCAACCAGGUGAAGAUUGACACAGGUGUAGCCACUCCAGAGCGCAUGGCACCUGGUUACCUGAACCAUCUGGACCUGGGUGAAGCUGUUGCCACCCUUGUGGAAAGGCGCAACACCUCUCAUACCAUUUUCACCGUCAACUGCCCUGCAGACUUAAAAACUGUCCUUCUGGAGAGGAACCUUUAGACCUGGAAACCCUCACUCCAGACUCACCUCGAUGUCACAGGGACACAUUUACACUUCUGCUACUCCUGCUGAACUCUCCUGAAACAUAUUUAUAGCAUCUGUGGUCUGUUUCCUUCCUUUUCCCACAACUCUGAACCCUGUCCCUGUACAACUUCAUGUGAAUUGUAUAGUAUUCCAACUAAUACUGUAUAUUCUGCUGCCUGUUCUUAGAUCAUUAGCAACUGGUGCAUGUCUGUUGUGUGAGGUUUGUAAAAAUUUAUGAUACUCACCUUCUUACUUUUACCUGCUUCUGUUCAAAUAUUAUCACACAGUUCUGUCUUUCUUCUACAUUGUUGGAAGACAUGAUAUAACAGUGUUUUCUCUGUGGAUCUGAUAAAUAUACUUUGUAUAAGGCCAAACUGAUGGUGAGAGUAGGUGAAGACUGAGGCACAGGGGGGAGGGGUUUAUGACUAAAUAUAACCAAGUUAACUAACCUUCCUGCUGCCUUUUUAACAAUGAGUCAAAAAGAACAGAGUAUUUGAUUGUAGAUGAUCUGAUUGUAUGUAUCUACAAAUCUAGAUUCAAAGGUACCCUGUGGGAGGGUGGGGGGGUUGGCCAUUGGUGGCACUAUGGAUGUCUGUUUUGUUCUCUAUUAGCAUGCACAAGAGGACACACAUGUAUGGCCAUGCUUUAUGCUAUUCUACUGAUUGACAGGUGGUGGUUACUUCCAAGAAGCAAAGCAAUGCACAAGCAAAAAUCAAGGAUGAAAACUGAUAGCUGCCAAACAUUUAUGUAAAUAAUGCAGGUUUUUAAGACUUUGAGGAAAAAAUAUUAUGAGCAGGAAAUAAAGGCUACAAGUGCACAAGAGUGGAGGCAAUACAACUCUUACACUGGGCAACCUGAGCUGGUAGCAUUUUGAGAUACUAGGGUCAGGUUUAAAAUUUCUUCAAAAUUUGGGGAUUUUGCUGAUUUGAGGCCUUGUAGAUUACAGAUGCUGAGGACCUGGCAUAUUGGCAAACUGAGAUAUCCUCUAUGUUGGGGACAUGUUGUAAAAACAGGAGAGGUAAAUUCAUUUCAUGUCCUGUGACCCUUUAGAGGUUCGUUAUGCUUGAAAUGAACCAGUCCAUAGGAUGUGUCAUCUGACCACAUCUGGAGAGGAAUGUGUUUGUAUUUGGUGCAGACAGCUACAUUUGAAGCCUCCAGUUGCUGAAAAUUAGGAUGACUGUGUCUCUCCUUUAAAACAUUCAUGGUGCUGCACUCAGUUGUGCACACGAAAUAUAACAGAAGUAAUUGUGUGAAGAGUGAAAUAAAUAAAAGAGAGCUUUAGAGAAAAGCUCAGAUCCUGCAGACUUUAGUCAAACUGUUACAGAUGGUUUUAGACAAUCUGACAAGCAGCACACGGAGUCCCUAAAGGCUUGAGAUUUACAUGUUCAUACAACAUGCAUUAGCUGUGUAAAGAUUUUGAAUUUCAGAAGCUUCUAAAAAUUGUCAAGCACAGUCCCCUCUCCCCCUGAAUGCUGAUAACAUAUAGGAUUUUACUAUUUACCAUGAGAUGAUCCAAAUAAGCACUUCUUUUGAAGCACACUAACCCUUUAUGGAUGGCUCUGAAUAGUAAGUCACUGGUAUGUCAUGAUUAACACAAAGAACCUGCCUCAUUACAGAUUACACAGCAUGGUUUGGCCCAUUUUAUCCUCUUUGUAAGACUUUUCUUAAAUAAAGCUUUAAUAUGCUGUGUUUUACAUUUACAUUACAUUUACAUUGUUUUACAUACAAGAAUUUCCAAUACACUUUCAAAUACCAUUAAACAAUAUCUUCUGCUUUA